AAAUAUGAAAAAAAUUGGAAAGAAAUGUUAUGUGAAUGCAUUAUUGUUUCACAUGAAGAUCCAGAUGAUGGGUAUGCUCUUUAAUUAUCCUCAAAGUCAACUGUCAUUAAUUGACGUAUGAUUAGUUAAUUUAUAGUGUUCACAAGUGUAGGGGCAGAUAAACAAAUUAAAUACAAAAAAAAAGGAGGAAGAAAUCAUUUGAGUUUCAAGUAAUAAGUCUAUCAAUUCCCUAACACAACCAUUUAGAAACCAAAAGAGUAGAAAGAAAAUUGAACACCUUCAGCUAAAUUUCCGAGUUGAUGUCUUCUUCAUAUGAGUAUUUGUCCACAGGGAAAAAUUAUGACCUUUCUCGUUUGGAAAAGCUUGGUAAUGAAUGGGGUUUAGGUAUAAAGUAUAAAAUUGAUGUCAGCUAUAUCAAUCUUAAAUUCGUAGAUAUGUUUCUCAGCUUGCAGAGUUUCACAACUGUAUGCUACGAUGUUACACAACAAGUCCAAGCUCUUUUUCGUUAUGCUGAAGCUGAAUUCAAAAGAAUCAACCAUCCCAGCGAUGUAUAUAAGUUUUAUAACUUGGAAGAAAAGAUUUUGGAGACUAAGUUGGAAUUGAGAGGUAAAUACUCCUUUCCCGAAGCAUCAUUACCACUUUCCUCCAACGUUGCUACUCCUGAAUUUAUAAAGAGAUUCAUUGAUACUGUUGUAAGAAAUCUCAGUGAUUUAUCAGAGAUUUGUACUCCUUACUUUAGAUCUCCUUUAGUUCCUCGCUCCAGCGGGAAACAAAUGGAAGAGGUUGUAAAACAGUUGAAGUUGUUGAGAAAUUUUGUCUACUUUAUUUCGGACAGAUGCACUGAUCCUCAAAGCCAACAUACGUUCUUCACUCAUGUUUUAGUUGUGUCUGGUCAUGCAGCAAUGAUUUCCUGGUUGAAUUUGCCAGACCAUUGGAAAGAAGAAGACUUGGCUUCAGCUAAAAUGAAUGCUUCAUUUUCUGACCUUCAAAUGAGGAUUCAGCCCAGUCAACCAUGUAUCCGUAAGAUCUAUGUUGAUGUCCUGCAAGCUCUUAAAUCAGGAUGCCAUCCAAAUAACCAAGCUGAGCAUGUUGCUGAUUAUAAAUAUGGCUUUGUGGAGACUCUCGUACACCAUUUGGAAGAGCUACCUAUUACUUUCAAGGAUCAAAUGCCAAUGCUCAGCGAUUUGAGAGUCAGUCUCAUCAAUUUACCAAGAAAUGCCCUUAAAGAUCUUGAUACAGCAAUUAUUGAUGCAGGGCUUCUAAUUUACUCGUUGUAUGACAGCGUGGAGGAGAAGGAAGACAUAGCUGUUGGGGAUUUAAACCAAGUGCCAGUCCUUCACUUCUCAGGUGAUAUUCAGAGUAAUCAAGCACUGAUCUACCUCAUCACACGGAAGUCAUUUCACUUCAAAUUACCUAAGAUUGAUGGGCUGGGAUCUUUUGAUAUCAUUUUAGACCACCUGAAGGAGUUGCUAAGCCGCAACUCAGACGUACUUUCUUCUAUAAGGAGCCAGCUUCGGAUAAUUCAGCAGCAACUGGAGCACUUACAGAAGCAGCAUGUUGGAUUUGGAUCUUUUGCGAUGCAGAUGAUUGCUAAAGCAUAUGAGAUGGAACAUUUGGCUGUUAGGAGCAAAGACAUUCCUGAGUGGUGUCUUCUUCGCUGGACCGGGGACAUCAUAGAGGAGAUUACACUACUCAUAAGGGAAGUAGCGGAGAUUCAUGAAAACAAACUCUCUGACUUGGUAUUGCAUAAUACCACAGAUGUUGCCAGUGCUCAUACUUCAGAAUUUGCUAGGACUACAAGCAUAAGAGAAGAGAUGGUUGGAUUUCAGGAGGUGAUGGACACUCUAAGAUGGAAGCUAAUCAGAGGAUCAUCACACUUGGAUGUCAUCUCAAUCGUAGGCAUGCCUGGAUUGGGUAAGACAUUUCUAGCUAACAAACUAUUUUUUGAUCAGUUAGUCGUUUCUCAUUUUGAUGUCCGUGCACAAUGUUGUGUAUCUCAAGUUUAUACACGCAAGGACUUGUUACUAACCAUUCUUCGUGGUAUUAAGAAGGAUACAAUUAUAAGUGAUAAACUACCAGAGAAUGAAUUAGCAGAUAGGUUGCGCAAACUUCUAUUGGUUCAGAGGUACCUUAUCCUCAUUGAUGAUGUCUGGGAAACUGCUGCAUGGGAUGACCUAUACCCUUGCUUCUGUGAUGCCAAUAAUGGAAGUAGAAUUAUCCUGACAACUCGGCUUGGUGAUGUUGCCUCCGAUGCAAAACUCGUCAGUGAUCCUCAUUUUCUUCGAUUGCUUACACCGGAAGAAAGUUGGAUGUUAUUGAAGGAUAAGGUGUUCAAUACAAGAAGUUGCCCCCCUGUCUUAGAAGAUGUUGGCCGAAAGAUAGCACAAAAGUGUGGAGGGCUACCUCUUUCAGUUGUCCUAGUAGCAGGUAUUCUCGAAGGAAGGGAGAAGGAGAAACAUUGUUGGGAACAGGUUGCAAUAAAUUUAGGUUCACAUAUCCAGUCUAAGUCAGAGGAUUUAAUAAAUCUUAGUUACCAAGAUUUACCAUUUCAUUUGAAACCCUGUUUUUUGUAUUUUGGAGUAUUUCUAGAGGAUGAAGAGAUACAGGUUUCAAAGUUGACAUGGUUGUGGACAGCAGAAGGUUUGGUAAAAACUCAUAAAGAGAAGCUUUCCGAGGAUAUAGCAGAGUGUUACUUAAAGAACCUUAUUGGAAGAAACCUCGUGAUGGUUUCCAAGAAGAGUUCUGAUGGUAAGACUAAGGCAUGUCGCAUUCAUGACUUGUUGCUUGAUUUUUGUAAGAAGAAAGCCAAGGUGGAGAACUUUCUACAAUGCAUAAAAGGGGACAAUGAUAAUAUGUGUCCUCCUUCUAUUUCCUAUCAGAAGAUUAACAUUCCACGACGCUUAUGCCUUCACUCUCAAGGUAAUAAUCUUGCAGAAUGGAGUUCGAUUUGUUCAGAUGUACAAUCUUUCCACUUGAUGAAGGGAAGGCAAAUUGGAUUAUCUUCAAUAGGCUAUGCAUCUCACACUUUUAACAGUUUCAAGUUCCUCUGGGUGUUAAAUUUGGAAUUCACUGUAAUUGAUUCUUUCCCAGAAGCGUUAACCUGCUUGAGAUAUGUUGCUGUUAAGGUUGCUGAAGAUUCUUCAUUGUCAUUCUCGGACAAUCUUUGUAACCUUGAAACUUUAAUAGUUAAAGGACUUGGAGGACGUGUAACUUUACCAGAUACCCUCUGGAAGAUGGUCAAGUUGCGCCAUUUACACAUAUACAACCGCGUUGUUUUCAAUAUAAACAAUGCUCUGCGAAAAAUGGAUGGCUUGAGAACUCUUUCCUCAGCAUGGUUUUCUUGUGUGGAGGACACGAACAGGGUCUUCGCAAAGAUACCAAAUCUUCAAAAACUGAGAUGUGAAGUUUUGACAUGUAAUUUAUCUUUCCCUGCAUUUAACAAUCUUACUAAGCUUGAUAUGCUCAAGUUUUCUUGGGGUGGUGAAGGGCCCUGGGCCACCGAGCCGAACUUGCCACCAAAUCUCAAGAAAUUAACACUAUCCAAUGGUCUCCUAUAUAGUUUGGGUCAUGUCGCAACCCUCUCCAGGCUUGUGGUACUCAAACUGCUAAACGUUUCCAUUAAAAGAGAAGUAUGGGAAGUGACUGAUGAGCAGUUCCCUCGCCUCAAAUUCUUGAAACUACAAAAUCCUUCUUUUUUUGAAUGGAAUGUUUCAGAUGAUGCUUUUCCAUGCCUUCAGCACUUGGUGUUAAGAAGAUGGCGACAUCUAGAGGAGAUCCCUUCUCGCUUUGCAGACAUGCCAACUCUAAAAUCUAUUGAGGUGAUGGCAUGCAAAAAAUCACUUGUUGAAUCAGCCAAGGAUAUCCGGGAAACACAAGUUGAAGAAAUGCAAAAUUGUGGUUUCAAGCUCUUUAUCCAGAAGUAGAACAAUCAUCAUACCUUAGCUUGACCUUCAAAUGCCAGCUCGAUUUGGUUAUCAGAUAUUAAGGAGAUAUAUUGAAGGGGAGCCUUGUAACUGAUAGAGUUGCUGCCAUGUGAUCAGGAGGUCGCGGUUCAAGCCUUGGAAACAGCCUCUGGCAGAAAUGCAAGGUAAGACUGCGUACAACAGACCCUUGUGGUCAGGCCCUUCCCCGAACCUCGCGCAUAGAGGAAGCUUUAGUGCACCUGGUUGCCCUUUUAUAUUAAGGAGAUAUUAGUGGAAGCAGUUUGGAUAAUCAUGGAGUCUAAGAGGAUUGAUGUUUUUAUAAGAUGUACGACAUGUUAGCUGAAUUUCCUGACAAAUUGUUAUUUUGACAAGUA